GUAAAUAUAUAUACUCAAGAGGUAAUCCACUGUUAUUCAGGGUGGUAGCCCUCUUUCAGAAGAUAUCAGGAGGUAAUCCACUGUUAUUUAGUGUGGUAGCCCUCUCAAAAAAAGCAUGGAAUUCGACUAUGAAUGCUUAGAAGAACCAAAUUGGCCAACAAUUCCAAGUGCAUCUGCUGAAGUUACCAAAAACAUGCAUAAAUGGUGUGGCAAAAUAUCAUAUAUUGUUUCAGACCUUUUAAAACGACUUAAAAUUUUUGAAGAUGAAAAGAUAAAUAACUUAACAGCAACAACAAAUAAACCAACAACAAUAUUCACAUAUGCACAAGCAACAUCAAUUCAGAAAAAUCAAUUAAAACCAAAAGAAACUGAAGUGGUAAUGAUGGCAAAAAUUACAAACGAGUUUAAUAACAAAAAAAGAAUUGAAAACAACAUCGUUAUAAGCGGAGUUGCUGAUCAUACUACUUUAGACAAACAAGUUAAUGAAGAAAAUGAUAAACAAACCAUUGAAACAAUAUUAAAAGCAAUUAAACCAGAUUUUUCAAUAACAAAUGCAAAAAGAAUACUUCGAUUAACUAAUAAAGCUAAAAGACCAGAAGGACCACCUGACCUUAUCUUAGUUGAAUUGGAGAACAAAGAAACUCAAAAUUUUAUAAUUAAAAAUUCCAAAAAGUUAAAGGACAGUACUAACUUCAAAAAUAUUUUUAUUAAUAAAGACAAAACAGCAAAUGAGAGAUUGUUCGAAAGUGAACUCAGAAAAGUUAGAAAUACUAGAAAUGCAGCACUUACUCAAGAGGUUGAGGGAACAAAUGGGAGGCAACGAUACAAUAUGCACAAUGGAAAAAAAUAUUAUUGGGGUAUACGAUCAGGUGAACUCAAAUGGAUCGAAAUUAGAUCAACAUAAUUUACAUAUAAAAAUUAAAAGAACCUCUGCAUUAAACUUGGGUAUCCAAAAUGUUCAAUCUGCCAUGAAAAAAUCUGCUAUCAUUCAUGAUAUAGUGCAAAAUCAUUCUCUAGAUAUUUUUAUACUCACUGAAACUUGGAUAAAGUCAGACGACCCUACCGCAAUUAAAGAAGAUAUGGCCCCACCAGGCUUUAAAACAAUUCAAUACUGCCGAUCAGAUCAUCGUGGAGGAGGCGUUGCGAUAGUCUAUAGAGACAACUUGAAUAUCAAGCCACUCUCAUUAUCAUCUACCUGUCUGUCUUAUGAACGUACAUCAGCUAAACUAAACCUGGCAAAUACUAUCUACAAUAUUGUUGCUAUUUAUCGAUCAAAUCCAAUCAUUCCAACAAACGUUUUCUUUUUCGAAUUAUCUGAACUCCUAGAGGAACUUCAAACAUUAUCUGGAGAAAUACUUCUGUGUGGUGACUUUAACUGUCCAGGUACUACUCCCAUAACCUGCAAUUCAAAACUUAAUGAGAUUUUAGAGACCUACAACAUGAUACAACGAGUUCAAUCUCCAACUCGCAUAUCAUCUACUACUGGUAUAGCCAACUUGCUUGAUCUUAUAAUAAAUCGACAUGAUGAUAUUUCACUCAAGAGUAUCCAAGUAACUGACGAGGGUAUUUCAGAUCACUAUAUGAUUCGGGUAGAACUUUAUCAUCAACCUUCAAAUACUAAAACUGUUUGGUUUUCAAAACGAAACUUUAGAAAACUAAACUUGUCAUGCUUUAUAAAAAAAUUGCAAGUGAUGCCAUGUUGCUUAUCACCUGAAAACAAUGUGGAUGAUUAUGCUGAACAAAUAAGAUCAAAUAUAACAACUGUUCUUGAUCAUUUAGCACCCAUUCGAAAAUAUUCAAUGCGAAUUGGUAAACACGAUGAUCAAUGGUUAUCUUCAGAUGCCAAGAAUAAAAAAAUCAGGCGUCGUAAACUGGAACGUUGUUAUAGAAAAACUGGUAGUUUAUCAGAUAAAAAAUUAUAUCGAACUGCAUGCCGUGAGGCUGCAGCAGCAAUUCACGAAUCCAGAUGUAGUCAUUAUAGGGCGAAACUAAAUUCAGCAUACGGUGAUCAAAAAGAAACAUGGAACAUUGCCAAGAAAUUACUACAUUCGAAUAGUUCUAAAACUAAUAACACAAUACCAGAAGCAAAAUGCGAUAUAAUAAGUCAAUAUUUCAUACGCAAACUCGAAAUUAUAAAGAACACUAUCCAGGAAAGGCUUGCAAAAACUCCAAUAUUUAAAUUUAUCUCAGAGUUAUCUCCCCCUGUAGAUAUUUUAACCACAUUUGGUACAGUCACACCUAAAGAUGUGUCGAAAAUAAUCAAAACUCUCAAAUCUAAGACAUCGCCACUUGAUAUUAUUCCAACAAACAUCCUUAAAUCUUGUUCAGAAAUAUUCAGUCCAAUUAUAGCUCACCUUGCUGACCUCUCAUUCAAAUCCGGAAUUUUCCCAACCUCAUAUAAAGUUGCUCAAAUAACGCCGAUUCCCAAAAAAUCAGGACUAGCAGAAUUUGACCUAACAAAUCUACGCCCCAUAUCAAAUCUCAAUACAAUUUCGAAAAUUCUUGAAAAGCUUGCUUUAUCUCGUCUUCGUCCACAUGUAACAUCAUCUGUCAACUUCAAUCCUCUACAAUCUGGUUUUAGAUCUUAUCACUCAACCGAAACAGCACUCUUAAAGAUAUGCAAUGACAUCCUGCUAAACAUUGAUGAUGGUUUGACCACUAUUCUCCUAUCUCUGGACAUAUCUUCAGCAUUUGAUACAAUUGAUCACAGCCUGCUGAUUACCCGUAUUAAGAAUGAUUUGGUGUCACAGAUAUUGCAUUAAAAUGGCUAACAUCAUACUUGCACUCUCGAAAAUCUUUUGUUUCUAUUGGAUCAUCAAAUUCUAGACUAAUAGCAAGUUCAACAGGAGUACCACAGGGUAGUGUAUUAGGCCCAUUUCUAUUUUCCAUUUUUGUUUCACCUAUAUAUCGUAUUAUAGCUAAAUUUGGUACAAAUCAUCAUCAAUAUGCUGAUGAUACCCAACUUUAUACUUUCCUCAGCCCUGGCAAAGAUAGCAUCAGCAAAAUCACUGAGUGUGCUAAUGCAGUUACAACAUGGUUUCUAGAAAAUGGACUUCUGCUUAAUCCAAAUAAAACAGAAGCUAUCUUAUUUGGAUCUAGAAAACAAACUAGCAAAUAUAAAAAUGAUUUGAAUAUUGCGUUUUCUGGAACCACAAUAACUACAAUAAAUUCAGUAAAAAUCCUUGGAGUCAUCCUAGAUUCAAAGCUCUCUAUGGACAACCACAUAAACAAUAUUAUUAAAUCCUGCAAUUACCACAUUCGUGCACUUCGCCACAUUCGUCCAUGUCUGACCAAAGAAGCUGCAAACAUAAUUGCUUGUGGCAUCGUUAACUCUCAGCUUGACUAUUGUAACAGCAUUUUAUUUGGCACUUAUCAAAAAAAUAUUAAAAAACUCCAACGAAUUCAAAAUAACUUAUCUCGUAUUGUUUUCCAUUCUCCUUUCCAUUUAAAAUCAGAAAUAUUGCUGAAAUCUCUUCAUUGGUUACCAAUACAUCAAAGAAUAAUCUAUAAAAUAUCAGUUAUCACAUAUAAAAUUUUAUUAUCAAAAUCUCCUGCAUAUUUAUUUGAACUCCUAGAAGUCCGAACUUCAAAACAAAAUACAAGAUCAUUAGACAGUUGCCAACUUACACGUCGUCAACAAAAAACCUCCUUAGGCUCAAAAUCUUUUUGUAUGGCUGCACCUCGAAUUUGGAAUGGUUUAUCUUUGAACACGCGAAACUCAACUUCUAUAGAAACAUUCAAAAAAAGACUAAAAUAUGAACUUUUUAUGAACUCUUUUUCAGACUCAUAGUUUACUUGUUUAGUGCUUCUGAAUUACUUCAUCACUAUUGUGAUUGUUGUAAAUAAUGGCACUUUAAUCUCUAAUUAUUAUUAUU